AUGUAUCUAUAUACGCUCAUCCUCCUCUUCCUGGCAUCCGUCAACGUCAACGCCUAUGCAAACCCCGGUGCUUGCUCAGGCGACUGCUGGACCCAUGAUCCUGGUCUGUACCAGCGUAAAUCCGACGGCAAAUACUUUCGCUUCGCAACGGGCGGAGGCAUCCAUGUCGCCUCGGCAAGCAGCCUCGAGGGCCCGUGGACGGACGACGGCUAUGUCCUACCCAACGGCUCCUCCAUCAACCUAAACGGGAAUACCAACCUCUGGGCCCCCGACGUGCACUACCAAAAUGGGACAUACUACCUCUACUACGCGGUUUCAUCGCUUGGCUCGCAGAACUCGGCCAUUGGAGUUGCAACCUCCAAGACCAUGGAAGCCGGCAGCUGGACCGACCAUGGCUCCACCGGUAUCCAGUCCACAUCUGCCAGCCCGUACAAUACCAUCGACGCCAACUGGAUCGCCGUCGGCGGCACCCAGUACCUCAACUUCGGCUCCUACUGGAAUGACCUGUUCCAGGUGGAGUUGGCCAGCGACCUCACAGUGAAGAGUGGCGCCACGCCAUACCAGAUCGCGUACAAUGCCAGCGGAAUCCAUCGCCAGGAGGCGGCCUUCAUGUUUGAGCGCAACAAUUACUUCUACUUGACCUUCUCCGGAGGUGUUGCGCUGGGUUACAAUGAUACUUGGCCGGCUCCGGGCGACGAGUACCAUAUCUCGGUUUGUCGGUCGACCUCGGCAACGGGGGGAUUCGUCGACAAGAACGGUGUUUCGUGCUUGAACAGUGGAGGAACCCUCUUGCUCGCCAGCCAUGAUUAUGUCUACGGUCCCGGCGGACAGGGUAUCCUCAACGACGCAAGCAAGGGGCUUGUCUUGUACUAUCACUAUGCGGACACGCGCAUCGGCAAGGCCGUCGAGGACUACCAGUUUGGAUGGAACCAGUUGACGUGGGAGAACGACUGGCCUAGUGUCUGA